AAUGACAGGUACACUUUGCCUAAGGUCAGGACAGGACAUUGUAAGAAGGACACAAUGCGGUCAACCUAUCUACAGAUAAGGGUGUGCUUUGCAGCUGUGCUGUUCAUAGGAUUCCUCUCUGCAGUUGUUUACAUUUCUGCUGUCAUGAGUAGAACUUCUCAUCACCAUGACGACAGAAGUGACAUGGAGACGGCUGACCAUCACUCCAUCAGAACGCUCCACCCUGGUACGAGUGCCGAUCCUCCUGUACAUGAGGAAGCUGAAACUGUUGAUGAGGAGGACCACAGGAAAGAAGCUGAAGAGCAGCCUGCUUGUAAAUACCCUGACCUGAAGAUGAGUAAUCCUGAAAUCAACCACCUGUUGUUCGAUCAGUCUCAUCUGCACUGUGGAGGACGACCAGUGAACUACCUGACGUACCUGGACAGGGAAGCUGGCAGUGGUAAAGCUGUCAUCAGGCUGAACGCCUCUGCCCUUCUUCCCGGAGAGAAACUGAUCAGCUGCAGGUACAUCAAGAUAGACUUUCUAACAGACUGGGACGACAACACCAUAAUUGUCCACACAAGAAACUUCCAGGACAACAACGAGACCUUGGAUUUUCCCUUUGAGCACGAGUUUGCCAGGGUGAACUGUCAAUACACUGCAGAGAUCUUCAGUGGAACUGGGACUGAGGUGGUGGUGAAACAGCAUAACAAUAUGUUCCAGCAGGUCAAGAAGAAACCCACUGUGGAGAGAAAGGCUAAACAGUUUUAUACUUCAGGUCGGAUGAAGGAAGCCUUGGGUGGUGGUUUGAAUGUACUCAUGGUGGGAGUGGACUCCACGUCUAGGAUGAACUUCAUGCGCAAACUGCCCAAAACUUUCCAAUACUUCACAGAGACACUGCAGGGGUAUGUCCUGAAGGGCUAUAAUGUAAUAGGAGAUGGCACGACUGCCCAAUUCAUUGGAAUGUUUACAGGGUUUCUUGAGGAUGAGUUGCCUAAUGCUAAGAGGGGUACAGCAAACGCAACCCUUUGUGAUGUCUUUCCUUUGAUCUGGAGGAAGUACAAGAGGAUGGGCUACGUGACAAUGUUUGGGGAAGAUGAAGCUUGGACAGGGACUUUUCAGUACCGAACAACUGGAUUCUCAUACCAGCCUACCGACCACUACAUGCGGCCCUUCUGGCUUGCUAUAGAACACCUGCCAGGCUACAGGUACUAUGGACAGUUCUGCCUUGGUGCUACUCCAAAGCAUCACUACACCUUCCAAUACAUGAAAGACUUUGUGGACAAAUACAACCAAUCUCUCAAGUUUGCCAGUGCAUUUCACUCCCAACUCAGCCAUGACAGUGUGAACUUGGUACAAGCUGCAGACCAGGACAUCCUGGACCUCAUCAGCUCAUGGCACAACAAGGGUUACCUUGACAACACUGUCCUGAUCGUCUUUGCCGACCAUGGCGCUCGUUACGGAGAAAUCAGGCAGUUCCUUCAGGGUCGGCUCGAGGAGAGGCUGCCAUUCUUUGGAAUAGCCAUCCCCAAGUGGAUCAGACAGAAACACCCGGAAAUUGCAGAAAACCUGCGCAAGAAUCAAGAACGUCUCACCACAGCGUUUGACUUCCACAAGAUGCUGCAGCACAUCCUGGACUACCCAGGCGAUCCCUCCCGUUUUCAGGGACACGGCAUCAGUCUGUUCCAAGAGAUCCCACUGAACAGGACAUGUGAGGAUGCCAAGAUUGCUGACCACUGGUGCACAUGCUUGCAGACUAUCUCCAUUAGUACAAGUAAUGAUUACGUCAUAGCAUCAGCAAAAUACUUGGUCUCUUACAUAAACAGCUUGACUUUGCCUCAUCGAAACAACUGCAUGGAGCUUACCCUGAAAAACAUCACCCAUGCCGAGAUAAUCAAGCCAAAUAAAAGGCUCCUGCAAUUUCAAGAAAGCAGCCUUCAAUUCCACGUGGCCAAAUUUGGCAACAUGCUUCGUCUUCCCUUCAUCGAUUUCAUGCUCACUGUGGAAACCGAGCCAAACGGAGGGAUGUACGAGGCUUCUGUGAGGAAAUGGCUAAAACGUAAUCACACGGAGGUGACAGCAGAUAUCAGUCGGAUUAACAGAUAUGGGGACCAUCCCAAGUGCAUCCGAGAUAAGUUCCCACGUCUGAGGAAGUACUGCUUCUGCAAAGAGUUUCUUCAUCAAACGUAGGGAGACUUUCCUUUUCCCAAACAUUUUGUGAACAGUUCACCCUAAUGAUCUGUUUUAGAUACAAAGGAAAAAUCAAAAAUGGU